ACAUUCUUUGACACCCACCCGGUGUCCUGUGUGCGUGCGGUGAACCAGGCUCUUGAAUCUGUGGAAAUCAACUCGAAGAUCGCACAACGUGACUACGCCGAUGCCUCUACCUUCCUCCGUUCUCUCGCCACCACCAGCUAGAAACCAUUGA